CCCAAGACAAUAAAAUUCAGUUCCUCCCUGGACUCUUGCACUGUCCUUCACUCACCAGCGGAUUUGCAAGGGGCAUCGAUCUUGUAAGGACGGUCUCGUGCUCUUUCUCCUUCCUUUCAACGUGCCGUUUUUUAGACUCAAUUGGUGAUUCUAGUAUCCCUUCCUCGCACCACCAGCGCCGCUCGUUGUGCAGCUUCGCACAGAUUCCGCCCACCAUGGCAUCUGGGGUCAUGAACGCAACCAUCGCCGGUCUUGGCUCCGCGGCUACCUACACGACCGUCUUCGAGGAGGUUUCCAAGUACAAUGUCCACCUGAACCUGGUCGAGCGCCUUUGGGCGUCCUGGUACCUCUGGAUGCAGAAUGACACAAUCGCAACCGGCAUCAUGAGCUUUGUGAUGCACGAGAUUGUCUACUUCGGCAGGUCCAUUCCCUGGAUGAUCAUCGACGCGAUCCCUUACUUCAACAAAUAUAAGCUUCAAAAUACCAAGAUACCGACAUGGAAGGAACAGUGGGACUGCGCCGCUCUCGUCCUGCUCAGUCACUGCACGGUUGAGCUCCCUCAGAUCUGGUUGUUCCACCCCGUCGCCACCUACUUUGGCAUGGAGUACGGUGUCCCGUUUCCGCCGCUCUGGAAGAUGGCAAUGCAGAUCGCCAUCUUUUUCAUUAUGGAAGAUGCCUGGCACUACUGGUUCCACCGUGCGCUGCACUACGGGCCGCUCUACAAGGCCAUCCACAAGCUGCACCACACGUACAGUGCCCCGUUCGGUCUCGCCGCCGAGUACGCCUCUCCGAUCGAGGUGAUGCUCCUGGGUUUCGGUAUUGUCGGAUCUCCCAUCAUCUGGGUUUCGAUCACGGGCGAGCUCCACUUGAUGACCAUGUACCUCUGGAUCAUCCUCCGCCUCUUCCAGGCCAUUGACGCCCACAGCGGCUACGACUUCCCCUGGAGUCUGCGGCACAUCCUGCCCUUCUGGGCGGGCGCGGACCACCACGAUCUGCACCACGAGCGCUUCAUCGGCAACUAUGCCUCCAGUUUCAGGUGGUGGGACUACUGCCUCGACACCGAGGCUGGUGAGGCGGCGAGCAAGAAGCGUCGGGAAAAGAAGCUGGCCGAGAUUCGGGCAAAGAAGGCUCAAUAAACCCGGCGUGUCUGCGGGCAUCAAGAUAAAGGCAGUGUGGGGACAUGGGUUUUAGAGGGAACAAGACAACAACUGGUUGGAAAGGACACAGGAAUAUAAUGUCUGUGAUGAAAAAGACACGAACAAAGAACGGCCGAUGGAACACUGCAGUGGCACAGGACAGCGCUAGCAUUGUGACGGGCGUCUGGGCAAGGCAGUCCAUAAUUACCCUUUGCAUACGACUGCCACCAACUCCUCCUCCUUCUCCCUGUAUAUACAAACCAUUACUUCUACACCCAUUUUAAUACAUGAAGAUACAAAAUAACCCUA